CCCUCGUGGCCUCACACUCCUUCCACUCUCCACUGGUCCUACUAUCACAGAUCAAGAGUAUCGAUCAGAGAGGAGGUAGGUAGCCAAUGGCGGACUGGGCCCCGGUGUUCGUCGGGCUGGCGCUAUUCAUCCUCCUCUCGCCGGGGCUGCUGUUCCAGAUCCCCGGCAAGGGCAGGAUCGUGGACUUCGGCAGCUUCCAGACCAGCGGCGCCUCCAUGCUCAUCCACGCCGUCAUCUACUUCGCCCUCAUCACCAUCUUGCUCCUCGCCGUCCGCGUCCAAGUCUUCCUUGGUUGACCAACAGCUGCUUCCUUAUCAUUUUCAAGCCUCCUGAUUUAGCUUGUAGAGGGGCACAGGCGUGCAGUAUGAUGUUCAUUGGGUGAUUUAGUUGAUGGAGUUUCUUUGCUACUUUGUCAAGAAUGUAAAGUUUGAGUUUUCAAGUACACUGCUUCUGAUGGAUGGUGUAUGAUCUUUGAUGUCUCUUAGCAUGAGGUUUACUAGCAAUUGAGCAUUCAUUAGCAUAGUCACUCCUGAUCAGAAACUGAACUCUUUCUUUUUUGUGAUCUAUUGCAAACUGAAGUUUGUUUA